AUGGUGAUUUAUAAAAUCUUGAGAAUAAUCUGUAUGCUCUUCAUUCUAAAUGGUUCAGAGGCGUAUAAUAUUUUAUUUAUGGGACCAUUUCCGGCACCCAGUCACUGGAUGUGGUUGGAACAUUUUCAAAGAGAUUUGUUGGAGAAAGGACAUACUGUGACCUCGGUGAAUAAUCAUCCCACCAAACAGCCGCAUCCCAAUUUAACCGAAAUUAUAAUUGAUCCGAAAUUCGAUAUACCCUAUUAUAUCCCCAAGGAAAAUAUUUUCAAAAUGCGUUUCGCCAGUGAUUUUCAAAAUUUACAAAUGUGGUGGAUGGUUGGCGAAUGGACGAGCGAACAUGCCCUAAAUGAUCCCAAGGUUAAGGCUCUGAUUGCCUCGAAAGAUAAAAAAUUCGAUUUGGUCAUUUUGGAACAAUUUUUCCAUGAAAGUUUUCUAAUGUUUGGGCAUAAAUUCCGUUGUCCAGUGGUAACAAUUGGCACCAUGGGUUAUGCUGAUAAUAUGGAUCAUUCAAUGGGUUUGGUAACACCAUGGUCCGUGAUACCACAUCUGCUAUUGUCAUAUAGCGAUAAAAUGACAUUUAAACAGAGGGCAUAUAAUGUCUAUUUGUCACUCUACGAUGCUGUGAUGAGAAGAUGGUCAUAUAUGCCAAAAAUGCAGGAGAUGGCGGAGAGGCAUUUUGGUCCUCACAUUAGGGGUCCCUUGCCUCAUGUUCGGGAUUUGGAGAAAAACAUCUCUUUAAUGCUAAUCAAUAGCCACCGGAGUACUGAUUUACCCAGGCCAAGUAUGCCGGGGUUAAUCAAUGUAGGUGGAGCCCAUAUUAAACCAGCCAAACCUCUGCCGCAGGAUCUCAAGAACUUCAUUAACAACUCCCCCAAUGGUGUGGUGUACUUCAGUUUGGGUUCCUAUGUGAAAAGUACCGACGUGCCCGCCGAGCGAAUUGUUGUCAUUCUAAAUGCUUUUGGAAAGCUAAAACAAAAUGUCCUGUGGAAAUAUGAAAAUGAAUCGAUCGCCAAUCUCCCACCAAAUGUUAUGAUCCGCAAAUGGAUGCCACAAAAUGACAUCUUGGCACAUCCGAAUGUUAAACUUUUUAUUACACAUGGUGGCAUCUUUGGUACCCAGGAGGGUAUAUAUUGGGCCAAACCAAUGCUCUGUAUGCCUUUGUAUGGUGAUCAACAUCGUAACACCUUGAAGUCGGUGCAGGCUGGUUAUGCUCGUACCUUGGAUUUUGCUAAAAUGACCUCAGAAGAUUUACAAUUGAAUAUUCAGGCAUUAGUAUCAGAUCCAAAAUAUAAACGCAAGGCUGUUGAAAUUUCCCGCAAAUUCCGUGAUAAUCCAAUACAUCCGUUGGAUGAGGCAACCUAUUGGAUUGAAUAUGUUGCGAAAUAUAAGGGUGCACAAUUUUUGAAAUCAAAUGCUGCAUAUAUGCCAUUGUAUCAGUACUUGUUGUUGGAUAUUUUGGGAUGUGUUGUUGUAGCUUUAAUUGUGGCAAUUGUGUUGCCAUUGUUCGUGUUGAGAAAAUUGAAAAGACUGAUAACGAAAUCUUCGAAAGAGGAGAAGGCGAAGAAAAUGAAGUAA